GGCGGCCGACGAGCGUAUCAUACGGGCGACGAAAGAGCAGGGUCCCUGGCAAAGGUGCUCGUCGCUGCAAGCCGCUGCGGAGCCGGGGAGGAACGCGGGCGGAUGAUCGGCGCCACCGCCGGGCCGCGCGCGUCGUCGGCCGCGGGGAAGGCGGGGGCGGGGCGACGACCAGGGGGGCUAGGGAUCGCGCGGACUAGUGGCUAGUGGGACGGGGGCUGGCGGCUCGCACGGAGGAAGUAGGUCGGGGCGUAUCAGGGCGGGAGAUGUGCAUCUGCCAGAAGCUGACCGCGCCUUCUCUUCCCACUCGCCCCCACCACUCACUGGCACUGCGCCUCUCCUGUGUCUCUUUCCUUUCCUUUCUUCCACCGAGUAUCUGUCUCUGUCUGUGCGUCCCCCCUCUCGCUCCCCGCGUAUACAGCUAGGCUAGGACUUGGAUGCAAGGCGUGCGCUACGACCCGGACGACCCGCUCGCGGCCGCGCUCGCGCCGCCCCCGGGAGAGUCGGCCGAGGAGCGGGCGGCGCGCGUAAGGCGCGAGGAGGAGGCGAAGCGGGUGAACGACGAGAUCGACGAGCGGCUGAGGGAGGAACGGGCGGCGUGGAAGCGGCGAAGGUCGGACUUCAAGCUGCUGCUGCUGGGGCAGAGCGAGUCAGGGAAGUCGACGACGCUCAAGAACUUCCAGCUCGCGUUUGCGCCCAAGGCAUGGCAGGCGGAACGCGCCUCCUGGCGCGCCGUCAUCCAGCUCAACCUCGUCCGCUCGAUCAACUCCAUCCUCGAUGUGCUCUCCCAGGAGAUGGCCAGCUCCCCUAGCACGACCUCGCCGACUACUUCCCCCUUCAUGCGGCCCACGACCUCACAAGGCACAAACCGCUUUGACCCCUCCACAUCCACAUCUCCCACCGACGGCUCGAGCACCUCCAGCGACCCGGACGGCCUGCAGUUCACAAACACGCACGCGCUCCUCAAGCUACGCCUUGUCCCCCUGCGGCGCGUCGAGGCCGACCUCAAGCAGCUCAUCGGCGCGGCCACGGACGAGGUCGCCCCCGACGCCUUCGGCGCCCCCGCACAGGCGGCGGACGACGCGAACGGCGCGGUGCUGUACGACGGCUCGCCCGCGCGGCGGCGCCCGGCGGAGUUCUACGUGCGCUCGAACCAGUCGUGGCGCGAGGCGCUGCGGAGCACGUACCAGGGCCUGGGUGGGGCGGCGAGCGAGCGCGCGGCGGCGGCGCACGAGAGCAAGCUGGAGGACGCGACGGAGAUCAUUGCGAGCUGCGCGGUGGACAUGGCGGCGCUGUGGGCGGACCCGGUUGUGCGCGAGGUGCUCCGGCGGCGGCGGAUGCGUCUGGAGUUGGCGCCUGGAUUCUUCUUGGACGACAUCGAGCGCAUCGCCACGCGCGGGUACGAGCCCUCGGACCAGGACGUGGUGCGCGCGCGACUGCGGACGCUGGGGGUGCAGGAGCACAAACUCGUGAUGGAGCGCAGUGGGGUGUCUGCUCUAGCGACGAACGACGUGUCGCGCGACUGGAUGAUCUACGACGUCGGCGGCUCGCGCACCUCGCGCGCGGCGUGGUUCCCGUACUUCGACGACGCCAGCGCGAUCCUCUUCCUCGCGCCCAUCUCGUGCUUCGACGAGCUCCUGCAGGAGGACAGGCGCGUCAACCGCCUCGAGGACUCUUUCUUGCUUUGGAAGGCGAUCGUCCAGUCCAAGCUCCUCGCCAACUGCAUCCUCGUCUUGUUCCUGAACAAGUUCGACUUGCUCGACAAGAAGAUCCAAGGCGGCGUCCCUAUCCGAAAAUACCUCCCCAGCUUCGGCGAUCGCGACAAUAACGCAAAGGUGCUUGCGCACUACCUCCACCAGAAGUUCAGGGACCAGCACCGCGAGUACUCGCCCCAGCCGCGACGGCCGUUCUACGGCUACGUCACGACCGCCAUCGACACGAAAGAAACGACGGCGACGCUCGCGGCCGUGCGCGACGGCAUCCUCCGACACAAUCUGCGCAAGGCCGACUUCGUAUAAUCUGCAUCUUUCGCAUCGUCCGGAUGGAUCCCGGGGAGGGACACUGUAUCUUUAGUUGUUAGUACUUAUAUCUGUUGUCAUCGCUGUUGUUGUUGUCGGGCGGUACCUACCAUCUCAUUAUUCCCUAAUGUACCGCGCUUCGUAUACGGAUAUAAAUUAUGCUGGUAUCGG